UAACGACCCCUCCACCGGCGUGUCGCCGGCUCUACGUCUGAUCGAGAAGUCCAUUCGUCUACUACCGAGCUCCUAUUUCUCCUCCUCCUUUGCAUUCUCUCUUCCUCCUACCUCUUCCACUCGCUUCUCCCUCCUUAUCGCACUUCUCUCCCCCGGGGUCCCUGAAAUCUGGAACAAGAACCGCGUGGCGAGGCGGCCCGGUACCAGUGGCACCGACGAACUCGGUACCAGCGGAGGUCUCUUGGAAGGAACCUCGCAGCAUCACCCGCGCCGACGAUCUCCGAUCGGCGAAUGCGCCUACGGCGGAUCCUCAGGUAUCGGGAGACUUCGAGAGGAAGACGUACACGCCGCGAGCUUCCUGGCCGCUUCCGCCACGACUGUGAUCGCCCGGGUGUCGAGCAGACACGAGAUCAGAAUGACAGCACGCGGGAAUUGUGCGACGAGAAGAGCGCUCUCGAUGCUCCUGAUCGCGACGAUUCUCCUGGUCGCCCUGUGCGCCGCGUCCGCCCAAAAUUUCAAGAAGUCGCACAUCAGGAUGCAGAAACUGUGCUCCAGACACCUGAGCGACGCACUGUACAUAGUGUGCCGGGGUCGCGGUUACAAUGGGCCGUUCCCGAAUAGCGACGAGGACGAGACGGAGGUCGACCCGACCGGGCCCGGCCUCGUCGAAGAGUGUUGUUAUCACCGGUGCACCUACGAGACGCUCGAGCGAUAUUGCAGACCUCUGCCCAAGGACAAGCAAGUCGAUCCCGGGGAGGCCAUCAUAGAGGAGUCAUUCAUACUGAAACUGCCUUAUUCUGUUUCUACGACAAAAGAACUGUCGGCGGAGCAAAGAUCGCAAACGGAAGCGGACAACGCCGACGAUGCGAUAAAACGUAAGGUCGAUGAUUUGAAAGAGGGACAUCACAAGGGGAAAGAUUUUACGCGGCAACAUUAAACCUUGCGCUGUGUAACAAAUUCGUGACAUUAUCGUGACAGCGAGCCUACGUCGCUUGUACUGUCGUAAUGCAACAUUGCGGUGCUGGAACAACACGAUCAAUCAUCGAUUAUCCGGACGAUGAGAUGGGAAUUAGAAGAACUCUUUGAAAGUUUGAGAAACAAUAAAAGAAUUCCUUUUUCUCUCAAAUGCCAUUCUUAUAUCAUCUAUCGAUCGCAUCGCCGAAAUAACGGAUGAGAUUUGCACGCGGAUAACUGCUCGUAAAAGAGAAUUCAGGACGGAUAUUUCAGGAUGAUUGACUUCCACAAUGAGGAAAAGGAUCGAUUAAUCAAUUCGAAGUAAUUCACGUGGGAGAAAGAUUAAUUAUGGAAAAUUUCUCAUCUUUCACGUGCGUCCACGCGUUAAUUGAUUGUAUGAAAGCAGCAAUGACGCAGCGAAAGACGUUGUUCAUUAAAAUUGCAAUUUCGGACUAGGAAAAGUUCACGAUUGAAAAAGCAAGGAAGAUCAUUUUGUGUUUGGGUGACGAUAUCGGCGCAACUUUCCCAAUGACGCUUUCUUUCAAUGUCAAGAAUAAUGUCAUUAAAGAAAAAGUGAAGAUUCGAUUGCGACUUGUGCUCAUAGUCGCGGACUAUACCGAAUGCAAUGAACUUAAAUUAGAAAGUAAUUCGAUUAAUCGAGUCAUGAUCUCGAAAAAAAAAGACCUAAACAAGUGAUUAGUUUAAUAUAAGCGUUCUUUAGGGGCGAAGAAUAGUUUGAUUCGAAUAUUCGCCAGUGAUCCUAGUUUUAUUAUCGACUGAUCUCAUUAGUAUUAAAAUUUUUGUUGUAAAUCUAAGAUCUAAGCUAGAAGUAAAACAUAUCGACGAACGCAUACUUCACUGGCACACUGAUCAACUGUUAUGUGGACGGGAUGCGGAAUCAUAAUUUUUAAUAAAAAUGUAGACUCAUAAUUCACGCACAUAGAUAGAGAUUCGUAUCGCGCAGCGUAUAGCGUCAUUACACAUUUGAGUUUGACUGGUUAUGCGAAAAUUCCAGUUGACAUCUGCAUUAACAAUAGCGAUCAAUAAAUGUUUAUACGAAUUAA